AUGUGGAGAAUCCUCAAGACCAAGUGUAUCCUCCAAGGUAUCCACAACAACAAAGACCUCCUUACCAAUCUCAAGGAAGUCAAUUUCAGCCAAGGCAAGGAUAUGAGCAGAGAUCAUCAUAUCCACCAAGGAGCCAUAUGCUUCUUCACCAAAUCAAGCUCCUCCAAACCAACAAGCAAUCUCAACACCAAGUAUGAUGCUGUUGCCACUCAUGUGAAGAAACUAGAGACUCAAGUCACACAAACUAUGGAAGCUGUUAAGAGACAGGAAGCUGAAUCCAAGAAGUCCUUUUGCAACUCAGCCGCCAUAGAAGAAAGAUUUGAAGACCAAGUUCCAGAAUGGAUGCUUUCAAAACCUACUGUUGAUUGCAUGAUUUGGCCUGAAGAGAAUUACCCAGAGAGAGAGUCCAAUCGAGCUAGAAAGAGAAGACUCUUCCCAAAGAUUAUCCCCAAGACAGAUAACUCAGGAAAGUUUGAUGUGCCUUGUAUCAUCAAAGGUAACAUUCUUGAGCAAUCUUUGUGUGACACAGGAGCCAAUGUGAACAUCAUGUCUAAGAGGAUAGCUGACAAGAUAGGCCUCACCAAGAUAGAGCCAUCAUCCAUCUCCAUCAACUAUGCUGAUUCAUUCUCACAAACCCCUAUGGCUUUGUGCCUAAUGUGA